AAAUAGUUUUUAAAACUAAGUGUCCUAGUUACCAAUUAUACAUACAGUUUCUGAUUAAAAUGGAAGGAGUAUUUUUAAAUACCUGAAAAGUCUCUCACAUGAUAUUAUCAAGUGUGUCUAUAGUUCUUUGUUUGUGUUACAUUGCCUGCUUAUGGCCAGACUCCACUGCCUCUCUCAGGUGCCAGUUUACCUUGACGAUUGUUUUUCCUUCUCACCCAUCACGUCAUUGCUAACUCUAGUACAUUUUUUUAAACUACUCAUUGAGGUAUAACAUACAUAGAGAUGUGCACAAAUAAUUAAAUUUUCACAAAGCAAAUGCAUGUGGCCUUAACAUAGUAUAGCUUUUGCCUUUUUUUUUUUUUAAUUAAGAUUGUUUUUUACUUAUUUGAAAGGUAGAGAGGGAGAGGUGGGUUGGCAGAGAUAUCUUCCAUCCACUGGUUUAUUCCCUAAAUAACAGCAGUUCUGGGCCAUGCUGAAGCCAGGAGCCAGGAACUCCAUCCCAGUCUCCCUCAUGUGUGACAGGGUCAAAACCUCUGAGACCAUCUUCUGCUGCCUUCUCAGGCACAUUAGCAGGAAGCUAGAUAGGAAACAGAACAGACAGGACUCAAACCAGCACUCUGAUCUAGGAUGCCAGUGUUGCAAGUGGUAGCUUCACUUGCUUUAUCAUAAUACUGGCCCUAAUUUUUAAUUAUAGUGUUGUUUCAUAAAAAAAGAGGAAGAAUAUGCAGUAGAAGCCAGAUGUGCUUGCAAAGCUUAAAAUAUUUACCAUGAGACUCUUUAUAGGAAAAUUUGCUAACUCUUUACCAGUUAGAUUGCUUCUCAAACUUUUCACUGAAAUACAACCAUUGCUUACCCUAAGAGUCUACAAGAAGUACUUGGGAAACAGCCUAUUGAAAUUUAGAACUUUAAAUCACUUUUUAAAAAGACUAUGCAGUUUAACAUGAAUUCUUAAAUCUGUUUCUGUAUAAAAAUGCCAGCCCCUCAUCCUUUCCUUAGAAACUAGACAUGAAACCAGUGUUCCCCACACUGUUACCAUGUAGUUUAUUAUACACCCUGGUUUAUUGCCCUAUGCCCCAGUUUGAGGAGCUCAGAAAUGGACCUUACUAGAGAAAUGCAGGAAUAAACUCUUAUAUACAGAGUUGAUAAAUAGGUAAAAUAGAAGGCUAUGUUCCAACAUAGCCACCUUUGGUUGGUAGAACACUGUUUUUGUCUUACAAGUUAAAGAGAAGAAACAAAUUGCAUAUUAGGAUAUGCUUUUUAGUUGUGUAUCGAGAUAUUUUCAGUGUUCAGCAUAGAACUACCAAUAAAAGCCCAACUAUAAUGACUGUUAUUUAUAGUGUUUUGCAUAACAUUUCUAAAUCGAAGACAGUUUAUUUCAGUGCUAAAAGGAAAAAAAUUUUUGCAACCUCUGUUAUAUGAAGGGAAAGAAAGCUGGAGUCAAACAGUUGAGUCUUUUAAAAUUAUCUUGGACUUUCCAACAACAGAACAAAGACCUCUGAACUAAACCAAAAUGUAUUCACUUCUCUGCCCCCUCCCUCAAACCAACCACCUACUAAAGCCCAUGGCUUUUGGAAUAAGAAAUGAAUAAACUGUGCUUUGUUACUCAUAUUAUGUCUGAAUAUUUUAACAAAUAAACUGAAUGAAUUGUGAACCAACUGUAUGAUCUUAUUUUCCAGUAUACCCACAUUAAAUGAAUAGUUUGUUGUUUUAGGUUUAAAAAAUGAUAUACAAACUUAUUUAUUUGAGAGGCAGAUUUACCGAGAGAGCGAGAGCUAGAGAGAAAGAGAGAUCUUCCAUCUACUGGUUCAAUACCCAAAUAGCCACAAUGGCUGAAGUUGGGCCAGACUGAAACUGGGAGCCAGUAACUUCUUCUAGGUCUCCCACUUGGGUGUAGGAGCCCAGGGACUUAGGCCACCUUGCAUUGCUUUCCCAGGCCAUCUGCAGGGAGCUAGAUCAGAAGUGGAGCAGCCAGGACUGGAACUGGCACCCAUAUGGGAUACCAGCACUGCAGGCUGAGGUUUAACCUACUAUACCACAAGUACCAGCCCCUAUUUCUUGUAAUUUCUGCAUUCCUUUUCCUUUUCCUUUUUAAUGCUUAUGGACUUUAUGUUUCUUCAAUUUUAAGUCUGUUAAUUUGAAAAUUUCCUUGCCGGCGCCGUGGCUCAAUAGGCUAAUCCUCCACCUUGCGGCACCGGCACACCGGGUUCUAGUCCCGGUCGGGGCGCCGGAUUCUGUCCCGGUUGCCCCUCUUCCAGGCCAGCCCUCUGCUGUGGCCAGGGAGUGCAGUGGAGGAUGGCCCAGGUGCUUGGGCCCUGCACCCCAUGGGAGACCAGGAAAAGCACCUGGAUCCUGGCUCCUGCCAUCGGAUCAGCGCAGUGCGCUGGCCGCAGCGCGCCAGCCGCGGCGGCCAUUGGAGGGUGAACCAACGGCAAAAAAGGAAGACCUUUCUCUCUGUCUCUCUCUCUCACUGUCCACUCUGCCUGUCAAAAAAUAAAUAAAUAAAUAAAUAAAUAAAUAAAUGAAAAUUUCCUAUACUGUUUAUUUUAGGACUUCACCUGAUAGGCAGUUAGGUGUGAACAGUGGUUGGGUAGUUACAUUAGAAUUAAAAGGGGCCAGCGCUGUGGCAUAGUGGGUAAAGCCUCCCCCUGCAACGCUGGCAUCCCAUAGGCAUCCUGGUUCAAGACCCAGCUGUUCCACUUCCAAUACAGUUGCCUGCUAAGGUGCCUGGGAAAGCAGCAGAUGGCCCAAGUGUUUGGGUCCUUGCACCAAAUGGGAGACCUGAAAGAAGCUCUGAGCUCCUGGCUUUGCCUGGAAUAGUCUUGUCAGUUAUAGCCAUUUGGGGAGUGAAUCAGUGGAUGGAAGAUCUCUCUCUCCAUCUCUCCCUUUCUGUAAUUCCGCCUUAAAUAAAUUAAAAGUUUAAGAUGCUAAUAAGGCCCCGACCCCUGGAAGAGUCAGCACCACCAUGGAGGAAUACCACUGCCAUUGUGACGAGGUUGGCUUCAAUGCUGAUGAAGCCCACAAUAUUGUCAAAGAGUGUGUAGAUGGAGUGUUAGGAGGUGAGGACUGUAAUCAGAACAACAUCAAUCAAUGGACUGCAGGCAUAGUGGAAGAAUUCUUAACAUACUUGGUUAAAUUGGUAAAAGCUUAUAAAUACAUUGUGACCGGUGCAGUGAUCCAGAGGAGUGCAUAUGGCUUUCAUACCGCCAGUUCAUGGUUUUGGGAUAGUACAUCUGAUGGAACCUGUACUGUAAGAUGGGAGAAUCGAACCAUGAACUGCAUUGUCAACGUUUUUGCCAUUGCAGUUGUCCUGUAACUGACUAACAAUGUUGGGCUAAAAAACCAUUAACUUAAGAA